AUUUCUUGAGAGAAGAAGACGCGGCUUGAUUGUUUUUAUUUAGCUGAAGCCUGUCGGCAAACAAGGGAUUUCGCAUAAAAGAAAAAAAGACGCAUGCGCGCACAACGGACCCUCUGAUAACAAACAAUCAUCUAGGCGUUAGCAAUAGCUAUAUAACAUUUAGGACAAACGAAAAACAUUGUUUUCUAAACUAAGCUAGCUACAUUUCGCUAGCUAACUAACAACAUGGCGUGUGGAGCUACUUUAAAACGUUCAAUGGAGUUCGAGGCCCUUCACAGCCCUCAGUCUCCAAAACGACGGAGGUGCAACCCUUUGCCAGGGACUCCGGUUACGCCGUCUCCAAAACGUUGCAACAUGCUCUCUGCUACGGGGGACAGUUCGAUGUCUCCCCAAUCAAUGUGUGGAGGAGAGCAUAGACUCACCCCAGAGCAGAUUGUCCAGAAUCUUAGGCAAGAAUACAGCCGUUACCAGAGGCGGCGGCAACUUGAGGGGGCCUUCAACCAGAGCGAAUCCCAGGUUCCUAUUGAUGGCCAAGGACAGAACCCUGGUUUCAUGUCACCAAGCUCCCCACCAGGGGCUUCUAUGAAGAGGGACCAGCCCUGUUUUACACUGCGCCAGGUUGGCACCCUGUGUCAGCGGAUCCUCAAGGACCACGAGGGAAACGUCCGUGAAGAGUAUGAACAGAUCCUGAAUACUAAGCUGGCAGAACAAUAUGAAUCGUUUGUAAAGUUCACACAUGACCAGAUUAUGCGACAGUAUGGCGCUAGACCUUCCAGUUAUGUCUCAUGAACUAGCUUGAUUGUAAGGUAUCUGCUCUCACUUCAAGACUGCUGCUGUUCAAUCUCCUUUUAAGUUUUUCUUCACUACUUCAGUGCCAUGAUUUUCUUUUACUUUUAUUGCUCUAUAUUCCAAGUCCUAGUUGUACUGUGUACUUGUGUGGAUGUGCUCUUUUGGGAGAUGGAUGGUGGACUUGCCUUUUUAAGUGCUGUGGAAAGCUAGGCUGACUGUUAUAUUUAACCUGCCAACUCACUGCUGCAGAAUCUAAUCCUACUUGCCUUUUUAAAAGAUUUUCACAAACCGUAGAAAAGGGGUUUUAUCUUUUGAAUUUAGAAAAUGAAAAGUUAUUUGCCAUUUUGGUGUUUCUGUAAAUGGUAUUUGAUAUUACACAGUAGAACCGUGGUAUACUGCAGUUAAUUGUAGUUUAGCUUUUCCUUUUAUGUAUAUAGUUGUUUGGGGUGAAUCCCUUGUUACAUAUUUCAAUUGAACCCCUUUUUAAGGACAAUAAUGUCAACCCCUUAAGGAUCCAUUUCUGAUUUGAAGGUUCUCUACCUGGUUAUGCUGAUGCCAAUAAAGCAUGUGUGUCUGUAUACUGAGCACUUUGUAAGACCUGCAGGCUGUUAUCCCCAAUAAUACCAAAAAUGAUUGGAAGGGCUUAUUUGUUCACUGGUAGUGAUCCUUCUCACAGGGAUGGAAUGUGGGUAAGGCUUUGUUUCUAUUCCAGUGCUAUUAGAGGAUGAAAUGUGUGUAAACCUGCACAACAAUCACCUUUGGUUUGUAAGGAAACAUGUAGUAUUGUUUUGUGUAUCUUUAUUAAAUGGGCCCUUGUGAGGUUUGUAAUGGAAAUGUAUUAAUUGUUUUUGCAUGUCCAAUGUUUUGGAUCUAUAGCUGGCCCUAUGUACUCUGUAUAUUACUUUAAAUGUUUUCUGUAAAUGAUUUAACAUCACUUAGGCUAAGCAAAAAGUACAUUCUGUUAAAGGGAUAUCUUUGAAGAGGCUGGUCAGGCUGAUAGUACCAAUAUUGUGUUCCGUAAAGUGUGUGAAUAGGUGAGGUCUUAAGGGAUUGUGUGUGGUGUUACACCUCACUACUGAACACAGUGAAUGUACUUCCUAAUGGAUGGCUUUGGGUCAGCAACAUUUUUUUAUCGUUGUUUUUAUCAUUCAAACAUGAUCUAAUGUGUGUAAGCUGAAAAUAGUGUGCAAGACAACCAUUAUCAUUUGCUAUGGACAUUAACAGAUGGCUAAGAUUUUUUUUAAUUCUCUAAUCCAGUGAGGUUGUGAACUGAGUUGCUCUCGAACCAGUUUAUUUUUUACCAAAAAAAAACCUUAAUAUUUUACUGAAGACUUCAAUGUGUUGUUUUUAGCAAAAAUGUGUUGAACAUUAUGGCAUUGUUGAAUAAAGACUUGAUUUGAAUGGAAUCCUAA